CUGGUGUCUUGUGACGACAACGCACAGGUGGUUCCGCCCUGCCCUGACAUGGGAACACCACAGAAGGAUGUUGUUAUCAAAUCGGAUGCACCAAAAACGCUGCUACUUGAGAAGCAUGCACAGUACAUUGAGUCAUAUGGAGCUAAGAAGGAUGAUUACGAAUACUGUAUGUCAGAGUAUUUACGGAUGAGUGGCAUCUACUGGGGCCUGACUGUUAUGGAUCUCAUGGGAGAGCUGCAGCGCAUGAACAAAGAAGAGAUACUAGCAUUUAUCAAAUCGUGCCAACAUGAUUGUGGUGGAUUUAGUGCUAGUAUUGGUCAUGAUCCUCAUCUUUUGUAUACACUAAGUGCUGUUCAGAUCCUCACACUGUACGAUAGCCUUUCUGCAGUUGACAGCAAUAGAAUUGUUGAUUAUGUGCAAAGCCUUCAAAAAGAGGAUGGAUCAUUUGCUGGAGACAAAUGGGGGGAGAUUGAUACACGAUUUUCUUUCUGUGCUGUUGCAACACUUGCCCUUUUGGGCAGGCUGGAUGCUAUUAACAUAGAAAAAGCCAUAGAAUUUGUUUUAUCUUGUAUGAACUUUGAUGGUGGUUUUGGUUGCAGGCCAGGUUCUGAAUCCCAUGCAGGUCAGAUCUAUUGUUGCACAGGAUUUUUGGCUAUAACAGACCAGCUACACCAAGUCAAUGCUGACUUGCUUGGUUGGUGGCUUUGUGAGCGGCAGCUGCCAUCUGGUGGGCUCAACGGGCGACCUGAAAAGCUACCAGAUGUAUGUUAUUCAUGGUGGGUGUUGGCUUCCUUAAAAAUUAUUGGUAGACUCCACUGGAUUGAUAGAGAGAAACUGCGGUUAUUUGUAUUGGCUUGCCAAGAUGAAGAGACCGGAGGGUUUGCUGACAGACCAGGAGACAUGGUGGAUCCAUUUCAUACACUGUUUGGCAUUGCUGGGCUAUCUCUACUGGGGGAAGAAAGAAUUAAGCCAGUUAAUCCAGUGUUUUGCAUGCCAGAAGAAAUCCUUCAGAGGAUAAACAUUCAGCCGGAACUUGUGAGCUAGGGAAUUAUAAUUGUGCUGGAAAAACGAUUGUCCAUCAGAACUGCUAACAUUCUUCUUGUUCCCUUUAUUUAGGGUAAUGUCAUAGAAUGUGGCACUUUGUAUACAUUUUGUCUCAGCAACUUUUCUCAGGAAAAAUGCUCAGCAAUCUGUCAUUGGCCUAAAAAAAUUGAUGGGAAAUGCUAGGUGUGGCACAUGAUAGCAACCGUCUCCAUCAGUCUUUAUGGUUAAAAAUGUGCAUAUCCUGAGAACAGCAACAGACAAAAAUCCACACAACAUUGACUUUUGAUCACUGCUACUAAUGAUGAAACCUUCACGACUUUCCACUCAGUAGGAAGGAGGUUACUUUUGACCCAUUAUUUUAUCAGGAAACAGAACCAGGUGCCCUGAGAUGCAAGGAUUUUAGAGAUAUUAACAAUCUAUACUUGUAUAGCUUAUUUAUUUCAUAGCAACAAUAUGUAUUCAAAAAUGUAAUUAAAAUCAUCUAAAAAAAAA